AUGAUACGGCGCUGCUUACCCUCCGAUUGGAAUUCAAGUUUUAAUGGCCAACUCUACUCCAGCACAAAGCUAAUCCCCGUCAAUCAGAGACAAGGAGGAGAGGGACAACAAUGUAGCAGGGAGCAAGUGUGCCUCCCGGGUGGUAGCUCACUGCCCUUCUCUCGUACCUGUUGCUUUUUUCAUGAUCAUAGUGUCAGUCAUACUCACAGUCAAAAUCCAUUUCUUUGGUCAUACUCAUCUGCACCAAGAAUAAUUUUACAAGAAAAAUUGCCACUAGUUCUAAACUUAACAACUAGUAAUAAAUCCAAAACCUCUCUGCUGCCCAAUUUUACUUUACAAGGAAAAGUUGCAGAGCUAAGUAUUAGGAGGUUUUCUAGCUCCAACAAUGAUGAUGCAGAUUCCGAUGCUGAAAAUGAGGAGAAUGACGAGAGUGAGAACUGUGAAAGCGACAACAAAAGUGCAAGUGUCAAGUCAACUGCAGAUCCUGCAGAGGUUCAUAAGGUAUGCAAGGUGAUUGAUGAAUUGUUUGCAUUGGACCACAACAUGGAGGCAGUUCUUGAUGAAUGUGGGAUCAAUUUAUCACAUGACCUGGUCAUAGAGGUGUUGGAAAGAUUUCGUCAUGCUAGAAAACCAGCUUUCCGAUUCUUCUGUUGGGCAGCGGAGAGGCCAGGUUUUGACCAUGAUUCAAGGACUUACCAUUCGAUGAUGAGUAUACUUGCUAAGACUAGACAGUUUGAGACUAUGAUGUCAAUGCUUGAAGAAAUGGGUGAAAAAAGGCUUUUGACGUUGGACACAUUUUCCAUUGCAAUGAGAGCUUUUGCUGCUGCAAAGGAGAGGAAAAAGGCUGUUGGUAUAUUUGAGUUAAUGAAGAAGCACAAAUAUAAAGUGGGUGUUGAUACCAUUAAUUCUCUGCUUGAUGGUCUUGGGAGGGCCAAGCUUGGAAAAGAAGCUCAGGCACUAUUUGGGAAAUUGGAAGGUAGGUUUACGCCAAAUUUGAGAACAUAUACCAUAUUGCUUAAUGGAUGGUGCAGGGUGAAGAAUUUGAUGGAGGCAGGGAGGAUUUGGAAUGAGAUGCUUGAUAAAGGGUUUAAGCCUGAUAUUGUCGCCCAUAAUACCAUGCUUGAAGGGUUGUUAAAGAGUAAGAAGAGGUCUGAUGCAAUCAAGUUCUUUGAGGUCAUGAAAGCCAAGGGCCCUUCACCUGAUGUUCGGAGCUAUACAAUUUUGAUCCGGGAUCUAUGCAAGCAAACUAAGAUGAAAGAGGCAGUUGAAUACUUUUAUGAGAUGGUUGAUUCUGGUUGCCAUCCUGAUGCUGCAGUUUACACCUGUUUGAUGACAGGGUAUGGUAAUCAGAAGAGGAUGGACAUGGUUUAUGAAUUGUUGAAGGAGAUGAAAGAAAAGGGCUCUCCACCUGAUGGCAAAACUUAUAACGCCCUUAUCAAGUUGAUGACCAGCCAGAGAAUGCCAGAUGAUGCAGUGAGGGUGUACAAGAAGAUGAUUCAAAAUGGAAUUGAACCUUCAAUCCAUUCUUACAAUAUGAUUAUGAAAUCUUACUUCCAAAUAAGAAACUAUGAAAUGGGUCAUGCAGUUUGGGAUGAGAUGAGGCUUAUAAGUCAGGGUAGAUCUGAAGAGGCAUGCAAAUAUUUGGAGGACAUGAUAGAAAAGGGAAUGAAAGCUCCUCAACUGGACUACAACAAAUUUGCAGCUGAUUUCUCCCGAGCUGGGAAGCCUGAUAUACUUGAGGAGUUAGCUCAAAAGAUGAAGUUCUCUGGCAAGUUCGAAGUCUCUAGUGUCUUUGCCAGGUGGGCUGAGAUGAUGAAGAAGAGAGUUAAGAGGAGAUCCUGCGAAUCUCAGUUCUUCCUGUUCUUGACUGAUGAAUAUUUGUUGGUGAUUGCAACUCGUCAACCCUUGGCUAGGCAAUGGGAGAUCCGUGCUGCGAAGUAUGCUCAGUGGCUUGUCUGGAUGAGAUUUUUUGGAUCGAGUCCUCUCUGCAGCAUUGAGAUGUUCAGUGGCGAGUUGGACAUAUUUAGUCGCUGCUCCUGCAUAGUGCCUUCAUCUAAGAUUGUUGACUCCAAUAACUUCCCUGAAAAGCUUCGUCUAACAUUGUCGCAAGAGAAGGCCCAUAUGAAUCAUUUGAUGGAAGUCAUGCGCACUAGGAAUGGGAUUUGUCAUGUCAUGUCAGGUUCAUUCUCCCUAGAAAUGGAAGACAUCAAGGGGACAGGCUAA